AUUUCAUCCAAUUAAAAAAUCUCCCUCAGUUGAAAAUUCCUUGAGUUGAGAUAUUAUCAAUUUAUUAGGAAAUACAAAACAUUAAAAGAAUCCCAUUAUAGUUAUACAAAAUUCCAGAUACAUAGCAGAUAUCAAUCAAAUAAAACCUACAUCUAUAAAAUGACCACUGAUCAUGAUGCUCAAUUUCAUCAAGCAGUAGCCCUGCUUGAGACAGGAAAUAAAAAUAACUGGGAAAGAGGAGCCUUUAUUUUAGAAAAUCUAUUUCUAACUGUUGAUGAUUCUGAAAGGAAAAGAGAUUAUGCUUAUUAUUUAGCAGUUGCAUUUACUAAAUUAAAAAAUUAUGAAAAAGCCCUCAAGUUUACAAAUAGUAUUCUUAAAGCGGAGCCCAACAAUAGACAAGUAGAAGAUUUGCAAGCUAAAAUAAGGCAGCAAAUGAAAGAAGACGGUUUAUUAGGGAUGGCUAUAGUAGGAGCAGGAGCACUUUUAGCUGGAACUUUAAUAGGAUUAGGCAUUGCAUUAGCUAAAAAACGUUGAUUCCAAGACAUUAUUAUAAAUUGUAUAAAGAAAUAUAUUACUUGUCAAUUUUAUUAUAACAUAGAAAUGUAUAACACAAUUUGUCUUGAAAAUAAUAAUAUAUAAAUAAAUAAACCAUAUAUACAUCUUA